AUGGUUAGCAGCCUCCAGCAUCGCUCCGUCGCCUACAACAGCGCCAGUCUUUUCUUCCCCGUCCUGCUUUGGGCUCCGACACUUCUCCUCGACGCGACCCCUCCGCGCCUCGACACCAGCAUACAGCCGCAGCAUCGCCGAAGUCGGUCCUUCAUUUUGCACGCCACAUCCACAACGAGUACCCCGACGUCAAUAUCAUUGUCGAGCCGCGCAUCGGUCGACGUCAUUGCAACGUUUGGCGGCGAUGGCACUGUCCUGCGUGCCGCCAGCCUCUACAAGUUGCACGGCUCGGUGCCGCCGAUUGUCUCGUUUAGCAUGGGUACGCUAGGGUUCCUGGGCGAGUGGAAUUUUAGCGACUAUAAAAAGGCGUGGCGCGAAAUGUACAUGAGCGGCAGCGACGUCCCAGAGGCGAGAGAAGCGGACUAUUUGCAGCAGGGAGAGAAUAAUAACCUUACGAGACGUGCCAUGCACCAUGAGGGCUGGGAGCGCAUGAAGGGCAAAUGCCUUGGCCAUCAGAGAGCAUCGCGUGUGCUGCUCAGACAUCGCAUCAAGGCGGAUAUCUUUGAUCGAGCAGGUAACAGUAUCAACCAUCAGGUCUCUGAUACCUUGUCAAGCCAAGGCAAAUCGACAAUUGCAGAAUCCAAAGAGCCGUCACCCUCGCUACGAGCCAUAAACGAAAUAUCGGUGCACCGUGGCUCCCAUCCUCAACUCGCCAUCAUCGACAUCUACCAAAACGGUCACUUCUUGACGGAGACUACGGCUGAUGGCAUCCUUAUCAGCACACCGACCGGCUCCACGGCAUACAGCUUGAGCGCCGGCGGCCCCAUUGUGCAUCCUCUGGUCAAGUCGCUCCUUAUAACACCCAUUAGCCCUUGUAGCCUGAGUUUCCGAUCGCUUGUGCUCCCACUGGAUACCAAGGUGGUUUUGCGCAUGAGCUCGCGCAACCGUGGUCGCGAGUUGGACCUCAGCAUCGACGGCAAGCGCUGCUGCGGCAUCCUACCGGGUACCGAGAUUUGCGUUGAGGGUGAGUUUGUUGGCCGGGCCGGGCCUGGCGAAGAGUGGCACGGGGGUGUGCCGUGCGUCAUACGCACCGAGGAAGAUGAUCCAUGGGUGGGCGGGCUCAAUGGACUGCUCAAGUUUAAUCACCCAUUUGGCAGAGAUCCGGCGAUGGAUGACAUGUCGGAUUAG